AUGUCUUCUUUGCUCAACAUUAGUCUCUCCUAUAAUAGCCUCUCUGGGAGUCUUCCCAUGGAUAUAUGCUACGCCAAUCUAAAGCUCAAGGAGCUUAAUCUUUCAUCAAAUCAUUUGAGUGGAAAGGUCCCCACCGGUUUAGGCCAAUGUAUAAAGCUUCAAGGAAUUUCCUUAUCAUGUAAUGAUUUCAUGGGAAGCAUACCAAGUGGAAUUGGUAAUUUGGUAGAGCUUCAGAGCUUAUCUCUCCAGAAUAACAGCUUGACAGGAGAAAUACCUCAAUCACUAUUCAACAUCUCUUCGUUAAGGUUUUUGAAUUUGGAAAUAAAUAACCUAGAAGGUGAAAUCUCUAGUUUUUCUCAUUGUCAAGAGCUUCGAGUGCUAAAAUUAUCAAUCAAUCAGUUCACUGGAGGCAUUCCAAAAGCCUUAGGGGGUUUGUCUGAUCUUGAAGAAUUAUAUCUUGGUUAUAACAAAUUGACAGGUGGAAUUCCUAGAGAGAUUGGGAAUCUUUCAAAUUUAAAUAUUUUGCACUUAGCGUCUAGUGGAAUCAAUGGCCCUAUUCCUGCCGAAAUUUUCAAUAUCUCUUCAUUGCACAGGAUUGAUUUCACUAAUAAUAGCCUUUCGGGGGGUCUUCCAAUGGAUAUUUGUAAACAUCUUCCUAAUCUCCAAGGGCUCUAUCUUUCUCAGAAUCAUCUCAGUGGUCAACUUCCUACAACUCUAUUUUUAUGUGGAGAGCUCCUGUUACUGUCAUUAUCAAUCAAUAAAUUCACGGGAAGCAUACCAAGAGAUAUUGGCAACUUAUCAAAGCUUGAAAAGAUCUAUCUAAGCACCAAUAGCCUCAUAGGUUCCAUUCCAACUUCAUUUGGUAAUUUGAAGGCCUUAAAAUUCCUUCAGUUGGGGUCCAACAAUCUUACAGGGACGAUACCAGAAGAUAUUUUUAACAUCUCUAAACUACAGACCCUUGCGUUGGCGCAAAAUCACCUUUCAGGCGGUCUUCCAUCAAGUAUUGGCACUUGGCUCCCAGAUCUUGAAGGGCUUUUUAUAGGAGGCAAUGAAUUCAGUGGAACAAUUCCAGUGUCUAUUUCAAAUAUGUCAAAACUUAUCCGGCUACACAUAUCGGACAACUAUUUCACUGGUAAUAUGCCAAAAGAUCUCAGUAACCUAAGGAAGCUUGAAGUUCUCAACCUUGCAGGCAAUCAAUUGACUGAUGAACACUUAACCUCUAAGGUUGGUUUUCUUACUUCUUUGACAAAUUGCAAAUUUUUGAGAACAUUGUGGAUAGAUUAUAAUCCUUUAAGAGGCACUCUACCAAAUUCACUAGGGAAUCUUUCUGUUGCUCUUGAAAGUUUUACAGCAUCAGCCUGCCAUUUCAGAGGAACCAUUCCCACAGGAAUUGGUAAUUUGACCAAUUUGAUAUGGCUGGACCUGGGAGCUAAUGACUUAACAGGGUCGAUUCCAACUACAUUGGGACAGCUACAGAAGCUCCAACGAUUGUACAUUGCUGGAAAUAGAAUACAAGGAUCCAUUCCAAAUGAUCUUUGCCAUUUGAAGAACUUGGGAUACUUGCAUUUGAGUUCUAACAAAUUGUCUGGAUCAAUCCCAAGUUGUUUUGGAGAUCUUCCUGCGCUACGAGAACUCUCUCUUGACUCCAAUGUGUUAGCUUUCAACAUUCCUAUGUCCUUUUGGAGCCUUAGAGAUUUGUUGGUUCUUAGCUUGUCUUCAAAUUUCUUGACUGGUAAUCUACCUCCCGAAGUUGGAAACAUGAAGUCCAUUACAACAUUGGACCUGUCAAAGAACCUUAUUUCAGGUUACAUUCCAAGAAGGAUGGAAGAACUACAAAAUUUGGUUAAUCUUUCCUUGUCCCAAAACAAACUACACGGCUCAAUACCGUAG